AUGAGUGUCUCGUUGUGGUGGUGCAAGUUUGUUCGACUAGUGCAAGGAAUUGAAUAUGAAGAACUGCACAGACUUUGUAAUCGCUAUUCCAAGCGAAAAGUGCUAGGGGCUCUAUGUGCAGUGAUCUUCGUGCUGUACUAUCUUGGGAUUUCGAGCGGUGGUGACCACCUUUCCAAAGCUGGACAGUGCGUCAAGGAGCGGUUUAGAAAUUGGGAGCAAGGAGUCAUUGAUCAGUCAAUAGGAGUUGACUCAUCUUCAGUGUCAUUUAUUGGGAACGGUCACAUUGGAGUAGAUGUGAAUGGAGAAUUA